UUCAUUCAUUCAUUCAUCCAUCCAUCCAUUUGCCAUCGCUUCAGUUAUUCGCUCGUGUUGCCCACAGAACACCGGAGAGUGACCAGAGAGUUCAGAGAGUCAGAGCAGGAGAGCCACUCCACACCUAGGGUCUCUGCUGCCUGCGCAGUUGUGUGCCAGGGCUGCGAAUGUAUGUACCCUCGGGACGUCAGAGUAUGUAUGGAACAUUGUGCUUCUGCUGUGGGAUCAUAAGUGACAGGUGCCAAGAAGGUGUACCUAUGAAGAGUUGAGAGCCACAGAAGGGAAAAGCCCAAUCAAUGCCAGCCAGGUCUGUGUUGUGAGGGGAUGGUGGAACAUGGCAGCCAGAUUUGCAAGAGAAGUUAGGAAUGAGUGUCUGCUGCAUAGACAUGGCUCUGGGGAUUGACCUGACUCAGGUACCAAGGGAAGGAAGAAAAGACAGACACAUGGACAUGCGGGAAAGCUGGGAUUCAGGUGGUCUGGGCUCUCUGAUGGAGAAUCCACAGCAAUCCUAGAUCAGUGUAUUUAUUAUAUGCUGUAUGUGUAUGUGUAUCUGUAUGGCACCUAUGUGUACACACACAUGUAUACACAUAUAUAAGUUUUGAUGAAUUAGUUGCAUACACACGCACAACUAAUUCACCAAAACUCAAUGAAUAGAUUUGGAAAUGAAACAAGCAGCACUCUCGUGAGCUCAGUCUGUAGGUGGCCUUUUGAUCCAAGUGCACAUGUGCAGUGAGUUUGUGUGGCAUGUGUCCAGGUAUCUGUCCCCACUUCUCAACCCCUACAUAUUUACACGAAGGCUCUCCGUUCUCUACCUUCCUUUCUGUCCUGUUACCACCCUGGACCCUGUCCUCCAUGCAUCUGAUCUGCCACCUUCUAAAAUCCACACAAAUCCCAGCCUUCCUGGCUCCAACAAUUUGCCUGCCCAUUGCUUCUUGGCCUGGCUUUCACAAUCCUCUGUGAACUGGCCCCGCUGGGCUCUGGGGUCCCCCUUCCCAUCGUCUGGCUGCUAGGGAGUUUCCCACUUGUGCAUCACCCCCACACCAGGCUUCCACCCACUAGUACGGGUACCAUUUUGACUAGGUCUGCCACACCUACACCAUCACCCUACCUUACACGUACAUGUUCAUACAACAUUGCCUGUUAGCUGAACUGGCCACAGCCUGACGAGUGUCACUAGAUGAAAUCCUUACCACAGUGUAUGAGAGAGGCUUCCCAGGCUACAGAUGGGAACAUUGCUUCUGCAGAGGAACUCAAUCAUUUGCUUAAGCUCAGCAAGGAGGCUGUAAUACGGACCCCAUAGCCCCUCUAAAUUCCUCCAUCAUCACCUCAACCCCUCCUUAGUACUGUGGAGUAGAGAGUGGUAUUAGUAAUGUCACUGGGGAUUUUGGUCAGUGGGGAAACUGAGGCCAGGAGAGCCAAAGUACACCAGUCACUGUGAGGUGGGGAUGUCGCAUGGGUCACAUUGCUCUACUGUCCAUGGCUCCCCAAAACUGUGCUAGGGGACAAGUGUGAAGUUAAGCUCCAGCAGGCACAUUCAACUGACAUUCUGUUUUCUCUUCUAGCUGCCAAGGGGCCGAGGGAUGAGCUGGGUCAUUCUUCCCAAUGGCAUCUCCCCCUGGUCUGGAACUGAAGACAUUGAGCAAUGGUCCCCAGGUCCCAAGGAGACCAGCCCCACAGGGCCCAGUGGCGCCACCCAGGAUGGGUGUGGAGAACGCCUGCUUCUUCUCUGAGGAGCAGGAGGCCCAUUUCCAGAACCCUGGGGAUACCAGACUGGGUGACUCCCCCAGGUCCCCUGGAGGCGUCCCCUCACUGUCCCGGUCCCAUCGCGAUGACCUUUCUUUGCAUUCAGAGGAGGGACCGGGCCUGGAACCUGUGAGCCGCCCAGUGGACUAUGGCUUUGUUUCAGCUCUGGUUUUCUUGGUGAGCGGAAUCCUCCUGGUGGUGACAGCAUACGCCAUCCCCCGAGAGGCCAGAGUCAACCCUGACACAGUGACAGCAAGGGAGAUGGAGCGCCUAGAGAUGUACUAUGCCCGCCUGGGCUCACAUCUGGACAAAUGCAUCAUUGCAGGCCUCGGGCUGCUCACGGUGGGUGGCAUGCUCCUGUCUGUGCUGCUCAUGGUCUCUCUGUGCAAGGGUGAGCUGUACCGCAGGCAGUCCUUUGUCCCUGGCAGGGGAUCCAGAAAGACCUACGGCUCCAUCAACCUGCGUAUGAGGCAGCUCACUGGGGACGGAGGCCAGGUCCUAGUAGAGAACGAGGUUGUCCAAGUCUCAGAGACCAGCUAUACCACCCAGGGCUCUUAAGUAAGAGUCCACCCUGUUUUGCUGCUUUAAGCUGCAAAGCUUGGAGGCUUCCUAAACCUGGGGCCUCAAAGUGAGAUCCACAGAGGGUGCUGUGGAGGGAGUUUUGGUGCUGGGGUGGGGGCAGCCUGGGGCCUGGCUUAGGCAUCACUCAGGCAAACACAGCUGAUGCGUUUGCAGCUUGAAGUUUUUUGCAUAAGGCUUUGUUUGAAGAUGGCUUCUGCUGCUAAAAAUACAUUUUGGAAACCACUGCUCUUA